AUGCCCUCGCCAGGUUUCCCGCCGCCACAAUUUCAGCAGCCCCUGCCAACAUCAAGACCUCGAGAGUACAAGUCGGCCGAAGAAGCUGUCCAGUCAAUGUCUGGUGGUCGUGAAGACCUGUUGCCACGUCUGGUCCAUUACGGUGGUCACCAACCGCCUACACCGCCCUCGCCCAUGUCCAAGCAGGGCCAAUCAUCAGCGUAUCCGCACCCUGAGCAACAACACCACAGUGGUAGCGCACGAAGACGUGGACGCGACGAGUAUGAAAUGGACAAUGGCACACCGCCACUCGGCCGCCAGCAAGCAAGAGCAGGGCCCUUUGGAGCCAGACGUGACUCACCCGAGACGCAAUUGAAGAAGAAGGAGGAAUUCAUUGGACUGUGUGCAAGAGCUUGGGAUUUGUUCCAUUCGUAA